AUGACAGUUUCAAAGCCCGAGAUGCCAUCGCAAGUGGCGCGGAACUCGUCAGAGGCUUCGGCUGCCGUUAACGUCGCCUUGGACCUCACGACAGCAGCAGCUGUAUCUACGCUACCAGUGGCGCAUGAAUCCGUCUUUGACCGUCCUCGGGAUAAUACGGACUUUGUGGAACGGCGUAGCUUGCAUUCCUCGGAGCACCCAGCAACACCAAUCAAUCAACCGGUUGCGGAGGGCCACAUGAGCAAAGUUAGCAGUAAAGUCGACCAGGAGAGGCUGAACGAGAAUAUAAGAAAGCCUUCGAGGUCUUUGCUCACGCCUUUGGUGAAUACGGCUCCCGAAGUGGCAUCUGUGGGACCAACUCCAAAGCAUGAUAUUGAGUCAGAAAUACAUGCCGAUCCUGAGACGGCGAAAGCACCGAUGGUCGUUACAGCUGCAGCUGGCGACUCGCCCGCCAUGGCUGCUGGGACCGCUGAAAACGCUGUCCUCGACGAGCUGCAAAAGUUUGCGGCAGAGGCAGCAAAACAGGCUGGCCAGGACUACAUGGAAGCGGGAAAACAGGCCCAGCUAACACUCAAGGACCUGCUCAGCCUCCGCGAGAAGGAGGGCCCGCCGGUGACGUUGACCGUCGAUCAAAUUGCGACGGCGGCAAUCUUUCUGGUGGCCGGCCUGCAGCUGCUCAUCCUGCCCAUCUUCCUGCCCUCCACCUUUCGACUGCUGUACAGCUUAUUGUGGGGCUUGCUGGUAGGGCUCGGCUUAAGCUUCCUCUUCUUCCACAACAAGAAAAAGAAGGCGGAAGUCAACGAGCUGUUGUCCACCAAUCUGGGUCUCAAGGGAAUCCAAUUGGUUGCCGCAGGCGUGCCGGCCCUCUGCAGCGUAUCAAACACGGAAAAAAUGGAGUGGUUAAAUGCACUGGUGGUGGAGGUGUGGCCGUUUGUGGACAAGGCGGUUUGCAACAUGGUCAAGGACAUCACAGCCCAGAUGAUGCCCGGCAUUCUGCAGUCUUUGCCGCCAGUGCUAUCGUCACAGGUCAAGAGUGUGGGCUUCAAGCAUCUCACGUUCGGGGCCGUGCCAUUCAGGGUGGAGGGCAUCCAUGUUCACAAGGAAGCAGACGACGGGCUGGUUCUGGAGCUGUCUGUCAAGUGGUGUGGUGACCCCAACAUCACUUUGGCGAUUGAGGUGCCGGCAGGUCAGAAGCUGUGUCCUCGCAUGCUGGACAUCACUUUCGCGGUCACUGUGCGCGUGCUGCUGCGGCCACUGGUGCCGCGUCUGCCCGGAUUCGUCGCCCUGAUGGCCACGGUUCCCAAGCCGCCGCUUAUCAAGUACCGACUGGACUUUGGGAAGGCGCUGGGGGGCUCCAUGCUGCCCAAGCUGGUCACCCCCGUCAUCGACUACUUCAUCAAGGGCACGCUGGACCGGAUGCUGGUGUGGCCCAACCGCAUAGUGUUGCCCAUUCUGCAGUCCACACCUCCUUGCGCGGCGGUGUCCCCCAAGGAGUGGGAGGAUGCAGACCGCAAGUUGGAGCGCCUAGCCAACACGGAGAUCGUCACCUGGGAACACUUCACGUACCUGCUGGUGCUGGAGCCAGAGAGCCAGGUGUUACGGUUAGAGGCGUUUGAUGUGGCGGAUGGGCGAGGUCGGGAUGGCCGCAGGCGGAUCGGCCGCGCGCUGGUCAAGCUAAACCCUGUCUGCAAGGAGGCCAUGCAGGGCUCGAAAGAGCAUGUGUCCGUGAGGGCGCAGCUUGGGGAGAACGACUGGGGAAGUCCAGGCGGCCCGGGCAAGGGCGCGGGCACGGUCCUGCUGCACAUGUGGUACUUCCCCUGCGAGGACUUCACCCAGGAGCAAGUCCUGGGGGCUAGAAAAGGCAUCCUUACGGUUCGCCUACUGGCCAUUGGGGGCCUCACCCCGGGUGUCAACAACAACGUGACCGCGUACGCAUCCUUCAAUCUGACAUCCCAAAAGAAGGCGGGGCACCCCUCGUGGAAGACGGCCAAGAGGACAUGGACGCUGGCGGGGCAUGUGGCUGGGCUGAAGGGUCAGAUGCGGCGGCUGGAGCUAGCCCGGGAGCGGGACCUGCGGGAGGGUGACACGGCGGCGGCGGAGGCUAAGGCGGUGCAGAUGCGGGCGCUCCAGGAGGAAAUCGACACGGCGGCGGAGAAGAACAAGACCAGAAGCGUGACGCUAGAUUACUCGAUGGAAACUCAGGCGUUCUGCUCGUUUUACGGCGUUAAGGAGCGACUGGAGGAUGAGAGCAGCGAUGAUGAAGCGGGAGAGGGCGGCGACGGCGAGAGCAAGAGCCUCCAGGACUGUGGAGAGAACACGGUGCACAUCAAGGUAGUGCAGGAGGGCCGCGUCAAGCGCACCGCGGAGACGAUUGGCGUGGUGGAGGUGCCGGUGUCACGCAUUAAGAACAGCUACUGCCUCAACCCGCUGUCUGGCAAGAAGGAGUACGGGCUGUACAUACAGAAAUGUCAGAACUUUGACCCGGAAUCGCCGGGGGUAGCGCCUCCGGAGAGCGAGUGGGGGUUGCCUCUGUCGGGCAGCGCUACCGGCCGCGUGUGGUUGGUGGCACGGUGGGUGCCCUGCGUUGAGGCUGCCCCACAGGACCUGACCGAGGAGGACAGGUCCGCCUUCGUUAAUGUAUUGAAGCCCGGAGCGGCGGCGGGGCAGGCCAAGUGAGCUUAGAGGCCUUGCCAGGGCAGAGAAGGCCCCAGAAGAAGACGCAGGGCAGACAAGCAUGAUGGCCGGCAGGACUGUCCUGCACGGCCUGGGCAGGACUGACUGGCUUGCAUUGCUUGGGCUUGACCGGCGGGCCAU